AUGAUGGAAGAAAACAAUCGAACAGACUCGCCCAACAAGGCUACAUUCAGUGCCAGCUAUAAUGGUGGUGAAGAUGGGGAGGUGAAGCAAAUGAAGGACAUCAGGAUCUCUGUCAUCAACUCUUGCGGAGUGCUCGAUGAUUCCAUGCGUAUGGAAGCCAGGGGGGACUCGGGAUUUUCCAAGGAAGAUGAAGACUCUGCUCCUAUGCAUGACCAGACAUCCCUUAAGCUGGGCACAAUAGCGGCUGUUAGGAUGGCUGUCAUCAACUCUUGCGGAGUGCUCGAUGACAGUUCCAACGUGAAUUCUAUGCGUAUGGAAGGAGGGGGAAACUCGGGAUUCUCCAACGAACUUGGCAAUAACGAACAAAUGAGCCCAGCAGGAAAAGGUGAAGCUGAGUGCGGGGCUGAUACUCGGAUGAAAACGUCUCGUUUUAGGGAUGCUCACGGCCAGAUGGUUGGAAUCGGGGUCCAGAAUACCCCUAGUAGAAACCCACGCAUGUUGGUCCAAUCCCGGCCUGGUGCCUUUCCUUGCACCGGCAUCCUUUCCCCGCAGAACGAGAGUAGUAGUGGGACAACUGAAACAGAAGCAAACACAGAUGUGGAAGCACCGACCGGAGACGUGACGGAGAUGCAAAGGCUGUCCAUUGCAAACCUUGUGCCUGAAGAUGACGAUAGAUCUGAUCUGCAGCAAGCACAAGCAGUGGACGUGAAUGCACUGCAGGAGAGCAAUCAUGAGCGACACGAGCAACGAAAGAUACUGGGACUGGCAUUCCGGGUGGCUGGCAUUGGUGGAAUCCUUUUCUUUGUGAUUGUCUUGAUCCUGUCAUUGUGGUUGAGGCACGAACAGCAGGAAACUGCAAAACCCAUGUCUCCGGAAGCCACAGGAACGCAACCUCCUGUUGUUCAGACUUUCAGAGAGCACAUCAUGUCCCUCCUCCCAAGCGACACUAUAGCGUAUGUCCUUCAAGACCACACCAUCCAGCAUAGUGCCUUCCAGUGGCUUAUCCAAGAUCCCAACAUUAAUAGCGCCUAUUCUGAUGCCCGUAUCCUACAACGCUUUGUCCUGGCCACAUUCUACCUCUCCACUGGUGGUGCCUAUUCCAACGAAACUAUGAGCUCUUCAUCUUCUGCAUCUUCUAAAUCAUCCCUUUCUUCCUGGUCUAAUGAGGACAAGUGGCUCUCCUAUCACCACCAUGAAUGUGAUUGGUGGGCACACAAUACAUCAUCACUGUAUGGCGUACCAGAAGAACAGUAUAAUCUUCUCUACAAUUUCAGUGGAAAUCCUUGUGAUUCAGAUGGGAACUACCAGCACCUUUGGUUGUGGCAAAAUGGGCUGAGGGGGAACCUCCCACCAGAGCUAUAUCUGCUGACCAAUCUCUGCAGCAUCACGAUUGACAGGAACGAACUUGCAGGAACCAUUUCAUCUCAGAUUGGUCAUCUGCGGGAGUUGGAGGCACUGGCACUUUUCCGUGCAGACUUGACAGGAACUCUGCCCUCUGAGGUAGGCCUUUUGACACAGCUGUCCUUUCUUUGGCUCAUGAGCAAUGAGAACCUGGGAGGGACUAUCCCAUCAGAAUAUGGUCAGCUGUCCAAGUUGCAGUACUUUCUUGUGGACAGCGCAAGUCUUACAGGAAGCAUCCCAACUGAAGUUGGCAAUCUAUCUGAUUUGAUUUGGCUAUUCUUGUACGAUAACGAACUGACUGGCUCGUUCCCAACAGAAAUGGGCAGGAUGCAGGCACUAGAUACCUUGUGGAUUUGGAUGAAUGAGAUUUCUGGGCCUAUACCAUCCGAGUUUGGUCUCCUGGGAAAGACGCUGGGACACAUGGCCAUUGAUGUGAAUCCAUUGGAAGGUUCACUCCCCACAGAGCUCGGGCGUCUAUCCACACUGACACUGCUCCAUGUGUCUGACUCAAAACUGACAGGCACGCUCCCGACGGAGCUAGGCCUUCUUGGCAAUCUAACUUCAGUCACAAUCAACACUUGUGAUCUGUCUGGGACGUUGCCUAGCGAAGUGGGACUCCUGACCAAUGCAUUCCGCUUCUGGAGCUGGAACACUCACUUCACCGGAACCAUUCCAACAGAGUUUGGUCAUUUGGCAGCCAUGGAAACGAUGGCAUUCGAUGACAACGGUCUGGUGGGGUCGCUGCCAUCUGAACUUGGAUUGCUGUCCAACCUCUCCCACCUGUAUUUCACUGCCAACAUGCUCACUAGCUCAGUUCCAACAGAGAUGGGCCAGUUGUCAAAGCUUGAUGGAAAGCUCUGGUUGCAGUCGAACCAGUUAACAGGGCCAAUCCCCAGUGAACUAGGUCUGCUUCAGAAUGUUUCAGAACUAUUGCUGCAUGACAACAGGUUCACAGGAUCAGUGCCAUUUGAACUUGGAAGCUUGGAGCAGCUGAAAGUUUUGGCAAUCUUCAAUAACAGUGAGCUCAAGGGGACUAUUCCUCCAAGCCUCUGCAUUCUCACUUCUUGGGAUACACCAGCAAUUGUGGAGUCGAAUCAAGGGGGUAUCCAAGUGGACUGUGAAAAGGUGGAAUGUCCAUGCGUAGAUAUUUGUGUUUGCUCCUAACGGUGCAUUGGAAUAGUUGCUUCUGGGCGCUUCAACUGUUUUAAAAGGAGGGUCAUCAAAUGGAAGUGUUCACUGCGUUAGCACUAUACAUUUUAUACUUAAUUCAUUUUAGCAAGGAUUUCACGGAAACAACUAUAGUUCUGAUUUGGCACGCCAGCCGCUCAAGAGGUAAAGCAAACAGAGUACAGAGGGUAAAGCUUGGAGUAAAACCCAACUAAGGUAGGUAGAUCUCCAUGGUCUGGAAUCUCUUCACAGCUGGCAUAGACUAGGCAGGUAACACAAUAAAUGUGGUUGGUCUUGCGCUGCUCCCUGUACUCUGGGAUUUCUUCCAUCGACCUCCGAACCCUGGCCCUGGCCCUUGCCAGGCAGAGCAAUGCCCGGCUCGUUCUAAAGAUUAUUGGCUUGCAGAUAACAGUGAUUUGCUAUUCCCAUUGAUCCUUU